UUCCUGGUUUUUUCAAUAAGCCGUGUGUGGUGUGUUCGGCCUCCUUUUUGACUGCCAUCUUACCGGAGUUAACUCCGUCGUCCCCCAAAACGGACCACAUGUCUUCCGCCACCAACCCAAUCUCUCCGGCCGCCUUGACUUCGCCGGAGCAACCCUUCGUCUGGGCUCGGAUUCGGCUGGCCGACAACCAGGAUGUUCCCAUCAUCCACCGCCUCGUCUGCCGGUUGACCGACUUCCUCCAUUUCAACCACGUCUUUUCCGCCACCGAGACCUCCCUCUCCUCCUCCCUCUUUCCCACUCCCUCCCCUCCGCCAUUCCUCUCCCUCACCGCCCUCCUCCUCGAGCUCUCCCCCUCUCCCAUCCCCCAACGAGACCCCGAGGACGAGAAGGAAGAAGGCAGAGAAGAGAACAAACCCGGUUCGAUCAGUCCAGUCGUCCGCCGAAUCGAGCUGGCGGCGCCGGUGGCGGACAAGGAGGCAGAGACGUUCGCGUCGCCGAGGGGUCGGGGGUUGGUUGUCGCCGGGUUCACGCUGUGCUUCCCCAAGUACUCGGCGUUCCGGGCAAAGCCAGGGCUGUACGUGGAGGGCCUGUUCGUGAGAAAGCCUUGGCGGCGGAGGGGGCUUGGGCGGAUGCUCCUGUCGGCGGUGGCGGCGCAGGCUGCGAGGUUAGGGUUGCCGAAGGUGGAGUGGGGCGUGCCCAACUGGAACGCCGGCGCCGUCGACUUCUACGCGGGGAUGGGCGCGGUGGAGCAGCGCGACGGGAGGCACUUCAAGCUUAGCGGGGAGGCUUUGAAGGCAUAUGAGACAAGGGCGGAGGAGAGUGGCUGGGAUGACGCGUGCGUGUAGUGGAACGGCUUGUUUUCUGUCGGGGGGCUUGAAAAAUGGGUAAACCUCAUCUUUUCAAAAGGGAGGGGAGAGGGAGGUGUUGUUGGCGCGUGUGAAAAAUAUGAUCAAAUUUGGAUCGAUUAUAUGGAGCGAGAUAGAAUGGAUGACAUGACUGAAAUCAUGUAUAUGAUUAGAGAUAUAGUAUAAAAAAACAUCCCAAAAUUUCUGCACUACUAAAUUUAAGUGCUAAUUGAUGGAAAUUAUCUUUACUUUUUCAAGUUC